GAGAUUAUAGGGACAGCAAGAGUAAUAAGCAAUAAAGACCUUUUCCAGGCACAAGCAGAGCGUGCUACUAAAGACGCUAAGAAAGAGGCUAAAAGGAUUGCAAGAGAGAUAAAGAAAGCUGUAAGGGCUACAACAGCAGCCGAAGCUACCAUAGGCAAGAAGAGGCGUGGUCAGAAGCGGAAGAGUGCUGUCCAAAAAGCUGGGAGGUGA